CAAGUGAUUGAUUGCAGGAGUAUUUAGAAAUUUGUUUCCUUAAUCUGUGGUAAUCUUUACAGUAUAAAUAUGCUCAAAAAUAAGUUAUAAUCAACAUUUACAUCUUCAUUCAGACUGAGCAACUAGAUUAAACAACCGCCUAAACAAGAUCUAAAACAAUGAAGUGCCUCAGUGUUUUACUGUUAGCCAUUGUUGGUAUCGCCAGCGUGACAGCUUACUACAGUCACCACGGCAUGUAUAGAGGUUAUGGUUCAAUGGGUUACAGAUAUCCGAGAAUUGGUUAUGGGUCAUCAUUAUACGGUGGCUAUAGAGGAAUCGGUUAUGGUACUGGCAGGUAUGGUUAUCCAUAUUCUGGUAUCGGCUAUGGUUCAAUGCUUGGAGGUAUUGGCUAUGGAUCUAUGUAUGGUGGAAUCGGUUAUGGAUCUAUGUAUGGCGGCUAUGGACGUAGAUAUGGCGGGUACGGAUACAAACACGGAAAAUACCCUCACUACUAUCCAAGUAAAAAAUACGGAUACGACUAUUAAAUGAACUUGCUUACCAUUCUUUCAAACACCAUCCAUUUGUUUAUCCUUACUGAAUACUAUUUAUCGUUCCCUUACUUGCUGGACAAGUCGUUGUGAAACUGAGUUGUGUAAAAAUAACAUUUCUUUUUAACAUUAUAAAAAAUAGACUAACGUUAUAUAGUGAAAUAUCAUAAGUUAAACAUGCAGUUAAUUCAAUGCAUUGAUUUAUACAACCUUAUUAAAUAAUAAAUAGUUUAAUUAGCUCAAGUUUGUAUGUAUGUAUAAAUGUUGAUGUUAAGUUCUGUGUGUAUUGCUUUUGCUAUUAAAAAGUACAAAACAAGAA